AUGUCAACGUUUUUGUCGAAGUUGUACUUCCAAGCGCUGGCGCUGCUUUGCCUAAAUGGAGAAAAAGUGAAAAGUCCAAAGAGAGAGGAAAAUGGAUUAUUGGCUUUGCCUCCAGUUGAGGUGUCUGUACAGCCUGCGCCCGCGCCCCACAGCAGCAGCAGCAGCAGCAGCAGCAGCAGCAGCAGCAGGCGCAAGCGCGGGCUGCUCGGGUGUACAGACAACUGCCCCCUCUCCAAAGCCAUCGCCGGACUCAGUGCUGCCUUUUUAGUCAUUAUUAUUAUAAUAGCAUUAAAUCGGCGGCGCUCGAAGAGCAGCAGCAGCAAGGCUGCGCUGCAGCAGCCAGCAGCAGCAGCAGCGGCGCAGCAGCAGCAGCAGCAGCAGCAAAACGCAGUCGACGACGCAGCAGCUAGCUGGUACUUCCAACCCCCAAAACACUGGAGGGAAAUUGAAAAGGCAACUACAGAGUCGGAGGGGUGGGCAGCAGCUCUAGCGGACUCAAACAACUAG